CAUUCUCCUACACCGCACAGCCUAACGGAGGCUUCUCGAAAUGGGGACAGAAAGAUAGCAGCCCAGUGAGAUAGCGCAGCUUCACUCACACCGGGUUUUUUUUAAGACAUUUUUUUUUCGUGAGACAAUUCGAGCAUCUCAAAAUUGUGGAAGAAAGCGCGGAGAUACCGGAUUAUAAUUUGUCAGUCUCCCCUUACCUCCCGCUCCUCAUGAAGCCCCUAUGAGGAUGGCCUCAUGAAUUUGACCAACAAUACACGUUUUUAAGGUGUACUGACUCUGGCAGCCGGGGGAUUACGGAAAUGAGGACAUGAAGCUAAAUAGGUUUUAAAAAGACAAAGUGAGUGCCUGGCCAUCAUCAGCGAAGCGUCCGUCUCUGCCCCCUCCCCACUGAGGGGUCAUGGCUCUCUGGACAGGAAGAGGCGUCUUGGCUCAGGCCGAGCCGAGCUCCCGCCCCGCCCUCCGCCUGGCGCUGCUCCUGAGCCUGCUCCUGUUGCCUCUGCACAACCUCUCCGAUGCCUUAGUCUCCCCGAGAUUCAUCAAGCUUCCCACUGACCAGAUCGGCGUGUCAGGGGGAGCCGUCUCUUUCGUGUGUCAGGCCACAGGUGACCCCAAGCCACACGUCGUGUGGAACAAAAAAGGAAAGAAAGUCAGUUCUCAGCGCAUUGAGACCAUCGAGUUUGAUGAGGGUGCGGGGGCCGUGCUGAGGAUCCAGCCCCUGAGAGCCCCGCGGGACGAGAACAUCUACGAGUGCGUGGCCCGCAACAGCGAGGGAGAGAUAUCAGUCACCUCCAAACUCACCAUCCUUAGGGAGGACAUGCUUCCAACGGGCUUCCCCUCCAUAGACAUGGGCCCCCAGCUGAAGGUGGUGGAGCGCACACGCACGGCCACCAUGCUGUGUGCCGCCAGCGGCUUCCCAGAUCCCGUCAUCUCCUGGUUCAAGGACUUCCUGCCCGUGGAGCCCGGCGCCAGCAGUGGACGCAUCAAGCUGCUGCGAUCAGGUGCCCUGCAGAUUGACAAGAGCGAGGAGAUGGACCAGGGGAAGUACGAGUGUGUAGCGUCCAACUCCCAGGGCGUGCGCUUCUCCGCCCCGGCCAACCUUUACGUGAGAGUUCGACGUGUGGCCCCGCGCUUCACCAUCCCCCCCACGAGUCACGAGAUCAUGCCCGGGGGCAGCGUCAACAUCACGUGCGUGGCAGUGGGCUCGCCCAUGCCCUACGUCAAGUGGAUGCUCAACACCGAGGACCUGACCCCGGAGGACUCCAUGCCCGUGGGUCGCAACGUCCUCGAGCUGGAGAGCGUGCGCGAGUCGGCCAACUACACCUGCGUGGCCAUCAGCAGCCUGGGCAUCAUCGAGUCCGUGGCACAGGUCAUCGUCAAAUCGUUGCCCAAGGCUCCGGGGACGCCCGUUGUUACCGAGACAACCGCCACCAGCAUCACCAUCACCUGGGACUCGGGGAAUCCUGACCCGGUCUCCUAUUACAUCAUCCAGUACCGUGCCAAGAGCCCCGACAGCAAGUUCGAGACGGUGGACGGCAUCACCACCACGCGCUACAGCAUCGGCGGCCUCUACCCCAACACCGAGUACGAGUUCCGCGUGUCGGCCUUCAACAGCAUCGGCCAGGGCCCCCCCAGCAGCAAAGUGGAGGCGCGCACGGCCGAACAGGCCCCCGCCAGCCCGCCGCGCAACGUCCACGCCCGCAUCAUCUCCUCCAACACCAUGAUGGUGCGCUGGGAGGAGCCGGAGGAGCCCAACGGUCAGAUCAAGGGCUACCGCGUCUACUACACCAUGGACGACAAGAAGCCCAUGAUCACGUGGCACAUCCAGAACGUGCAGGACAGCGUCAUCACCACCAUCCAGAGCCUGGUGGCCUCCGAGACGUACACCAUCUGUGUGCUGGCCUUCACCUCGGUCGGAGACGGACCCCCCUCUGAUCCCAUUCAUGUUAAAGUCCUGCCAGGAGUUCCAGGGCAACCAGGCAAGUUUCAGGUGGGCAGAGUGACCGACACGACCAUAGAGCUCACCUGGGAGCCGGCCUACUCCAAAGAGAGCAUCCUGAGCUACGAGCUACAGUUUAAAUCCAAGUUUGGGAAUCAGGAGAAGAGGACCUUUGGGCCCCGAUCCUCCUAUAUAAUGGAAAAUCUGCGAGCCAACACCGAGUACUCCUUCUCCCUGGCUGCUAAAUCCAAGCAGGGCAUCGGCGCCUUCACCAACGAGAUCACCCAGCGGACCGCACAAGCCAAGCCCUCAUCCCCCCCUCGUGGGGUGGAAUGCUCUCCCAUUGGCUCCUCGUCCUUACGGGUAAGUUGGCGCGCUCCCCCGGAAGAGGGGCGCAGCGUGGACCUGGAGGGGUACGAGAUCCUCUACCGGCCGCUGGCCAGCGGGCAGGAGCCCGAGCCCCAGAGGACCCAGCGCGUGGGGCCGGACGCUCUGCAGGCCCGGCUGGGCGGCCUGCGCAAGUGGACGCGCUACCGCGUUUCGGUGGCCGCCUUCACGUCGGAGGGCUCGGGUCCGCAGACCUCGCCGCUGGAGUGCCAAACGGACGAGGAUGUGCCUGGGGCGCCCCCUAGACAAGUGGAGGUGCAAACGUUGAACGCAACCGCCAUCCGGGUCAGGUGGCGCUCGGUGGUACCCGAGAGGCAAAACGGGCAGAUCCGGGGUUACCAGGUCCACUACGCCCGCGAGCAGGAGGGGGAGUCACGCAGUCUGCCACGCAUCAGAGACAUCGUUCUGGACGACUCCCAGUGGGAAACGGAUGAUUCUGCUGAAUAUGAAAUGUUUAUCGGAGGUCUGCUGCCCGACACCUCAUACUCCAUCACCGUGGCAGCGUACACCACUAAGGGGGACGGUGCACGCAGUAUGCCACAGAUGGUCCAGACCAAAGCCACAUUUCCAGAGCCCCCCGUGCUGUCUCUGAGUGUGGAGCAGCAGACGUCCAUCUCUGUGCGGUGGCAGCCCCAGCCUCCCGCUGGCUCCGGCCCGGCCCCCACCUCCACCUCCACCUCCACCACGCCCCCCUCCCCCUCCACCUCUGUGCUGGGCUUCCGGCUGCGCUACGGCCUGAAGAACGACACGCAGGACCUGCCAGAAGCGCUGGACCUCCCCGGCCAGCAGAGGCAGUACACGCUGACCGGCACCCUCCCGGGGACCACCUACGUCUUCGCCCUGGCUGCCAGGGGGCACUCGGGCUACGGCAAGGAGGCCCUGCAGGAGAUCACUGUGCCCGAGUACCCGCCCACGGCAUACCCGCUCCUGGCGCGGGUCAUCAACGCCACCUGCUGCACCCUGCAGAUCUACUGGAAGCCCCCCGAGCCGGCCGACUGCAACGGCGUGCUCAGCAGCUACACGCUGGCGUACGGCGAGGCCAACGGCAGCCUCCCGCCGCGCCUGCUGUCGGUGCCGGCCGCCGAGACGGCGUACACGGUCAUCGGCCUGAACCCCGACACUGACUACCACGUGAGAAUUCGGGCGCACACUAAAGCGGGGCCCGGGCCCUUCGGCCCCCAGGCCCUGUACCGCACGGUGGCCUUCGACACAGAUGUCCCGAGGAAUUUUUCGGUGAACCUGGCGACAAAGACGAGUGUGCUGUUGACGUGGGAGUUUCCAGAGAGCAGCUCGCCGUACCGCUUUACUUACAACAGAAACAGGAUGGAGGUGGAUGCCCGUCAGAGGAAGGCUGUGAUCGCCAACCUGGAGCCCAACACCAGCUACGACUUCAAGAUCACCAGCCCCGAAGGCAACAUGGGGGGCUUGAGGCACCGCAUCCCCGCCCGCACCUCCCCCCCCAUCCACAUCAGACGGCCCGAGGUGGACCGCAGCCGCGAGACCGAGACCACCAUCACCAUCAUACUGCCCCCGAUGGACACCCAGAGUAACAUCAGGAACAUCUAUGUGGUGGUAGUUCCUCUCAAGAGAGCUCGCGGAAGAUUCCGACUCAAGAGUCCCGAUGACAUGGACCUGGAGGAGCUGCUGAAGGACAUCAGCCAGAAGCAGCUGGACCCGCGCCAGCGGCAGGUGGACCUGCGGAGGGCCUACAUCACGGCGCGCUUCUCCCCCGCCACCCUGCCCGCCUUCUUCACCCUGGGGGACCAGCUGGAGUACGGCGGCUUCGAGAACCGCGCCCUGGAGGCCGGCCAGGAGUACGUCUUCUUCAUCCUGGCAGAGCUCAACGACACCACUGGGAAGAUGUUUGUGGCCAGUGAAUAUUCCGAGCACGUGAUGGCGCCGGACUCGGACCCUCAGCCGCUGGACGCCGGCGACGGACUCAUCUGGGUGGUGGGCCCCGUCCUGGCCGUGGUCUUCAUCAUCUGCAUCGUCAUCGCCAUCCUCCUCUACAAGAACAAACGAAAGGAUUCAGAGCCCGGCACCAAGUGCUUGCUGAACAAUGCUGAGAUGAUGGCGCACCACCCUACAGAUCCAGUAGAGAUGAGGCGCAUCAACUUUCAGACUCCAGGUAUGAUGAGUCACCCCCCCAUCCCCAUCUCCGACCUGGCAGAGCACACAGAGCUGCUGAAGGCCAACGACAACCUCCGGCUCUCCCAGGAGUACGAGUCGGUCGAUCCUGGCCAGCAGUUCACCUGGGAGCACUCCAACCUGGAGGUCAACAAGCCCAAGAACCGCUACGCCAACGUCAUCGCGUACGACCACACGCGAGUCGUCCUGGUGCCCAUUGAAGGCAUUAUGGGAAGUGAUUACAUCAACGCUAAUUACGUCGAUGGCUACCGUAAGCAGAACGCCUACAUCGCCACGCAGGGGCCGCUGCCCGAGAGCUUCGGCGACUUCUGGAGGAUGGUGUGGGAGCAGCGGGCGGCGUCGGUGGUCAUGAUGACCAGGCUGGAGGAGAAGUCACGGAUUAAGUGUGACCAGUACUGGCCCAGUCGUGGAACAGACACCUACGGAAUGAUUCAGGUCACUCUGCUGGACACUAUGGAGCUGGCCACCUUCUGUGUGCGCACGUUCUCUCUGCACAAGAACGGCACCAACGAGAGGAGAGAGGUUCGUCAGUUCCAGUUUACCGCCUGGCCCGACCACGGGGUGCCCGAGUACCCGACCCCGUUCCUGGCCUUCCUCAGGAGGGUGAAGGCGUGCAACCCUCCAGAUGCCGGCCCUGUGGUCGUCCACUGCAGCGCCGGCGUGGGGCGGACCGGCUGCUUCAUCGUCAUCGACGCCAUGCUGGAGCGGAUCAAGCACGAGCGCACGGUGGACGUGUACGGCCACGUGACCCUGAUGCGCUCGCAGCGCAACUACAUGGUGCAGACGGAGGACCAGUACGGCUUCAUCCACGAGGCGCUGCUGGAGGCCGUCACCUGCGGCAACACGGAGGUGGCCGCGCGCUCCCUCUACUCCUACAUCCAGAAGCUGGAGCAGGUGGAGGCCGGCGAGCACGUCACGGGCAUGGAGCUGGAGUUCAAGCGCUUGGCCAACACGAAAGCUCACACGUCCAGGUUCGUCAGUGCCAAUCUCCCGUGCAACAAGUUCAAGAACCGCCUGGUCAACAUCAUGCCCUAUGAAACCACCCGCGUGUGCCUACAGCCGAUACGUGGCCUCGAGGGCUCCGACUACAUCAACGCCAGUUACAUCGAUGGAUACAGGCAACAGAGAGCCUACAUCGCCACGCAAGGUCCGCUGGCUGAGACGACCGAAGACUUCUGGAGAAUGUUAUGGGAGCACAACUCCACUAUCGUGGUGAUGCUGACCAAGCUGAGGGAGAUGGGCCGGGAGAAGUGCCAUCAGUACUGGCCGGCAGAGCGCUCGGCCCGUUACCAGUACUUUGUGGUGGACCCCAUGGCUGAGUACAACAUGCCGCAGUACAUCCUGAGAGAGUUCAAGGUCACAGACGCCAGGGAUGGGCAGUCCAGGACAGUGCGACAGUUCCAAUUCACAGAUUGGCCUGAACAGGGAGUGCCAAAGUCUGGAGAGGGUUUCAUUGAUUUCAUCGGGCAGGUGCACAAAACCAAGGAGCAGUUUGGACAGGAUGGCCCCAUCUCAGUCCACUGCAGUGCGGGAGUGGGCCGGACCGGCGUCUUCAUCACCCUCAGUAUCGUGCUGGAGAGGAUGCGCUACGAAGGUGCCGUGGACAUCUUCCAAACUGUCAAAAUGCUGCGAACACAACGGCCCGCUAUGGUGCAGACGGAGGAUGAGUACCGCUUCUGCUACCAAGCUGGCAUCGAGUACCUGGGGAGUUUUGACCAUUAUGCAACAUAAGCGAAAGGGAGGAUCGCCAUCAGCUAAGGUCCCCAUGGUCCACAGCACUAGAGAAAGCCACAGUAAAUAAUGAACUUUACCAAAAACCAAUGACCGAUGUCAUUACAGCAAGAAUGAUUAGAGUCCAUCAUUGACAUCCUUUGGAGUUUGAAGUUCAAAAUAAUGAAAAAACAAAAAUAAAAAAAAAAUUAAAAAGAUUAAAAAUACAAAUAAAAAAGCAUCAACAACACAUGCACUCUCAGGAACUGCCUGGAAGGACCGCAUCUGGGAUGUCAUGUGUCACACUGCAAACUAUUACCUCAGUGUUCAAGUAUCCUAUCAAAUGUCGUGAUCAAUUUUCUAAAAAAAAAAAAUAUUAAUGGAGAGAGAAAAUCUAUGAAAAAAAUCCUCAAAACAAGUAAUUAUCAAUAAUAAUAAAAAAAAAAAACAGUUCAAAGCCUGGAAAAAUUGCUGCAUCUUCAAUUGGAGUGACAGUGCAUUCAAACUGUUUUUGCCAAUGGAGUUGAAUGGUUUCAGAUCAGACAGACCAAUCUUCCCAUGACUCAGCUGACGGAGAAAACAGCUGCGGCUGCUGCGACAAGAAGAAGGACUUUGAUUGUGAACCAUCUGGAGAAUGACAAUGCCAUCAGAAACACCCAUAAGUAACAGUACCAAUACUGAAGCAGAUCUUCUACCUUCAGUGCCUCGAAGAGCAAUUCAAGUUUGGAAGCAUACAAGUGUCUCUGCUGAAGAACAGCGGGAGAGCAUUGAUGGAGUCAUACGGUGGUUUCAGCAUACAGUACAUUACCAACAUGAAAGGACGAUGCUUCAUUACGGUUUUGCGGAUAGAUCUGAAACCUGGUGUACACAAACAAUCUCUCGUGAUCAUAAAUGGAGGGGCCAUUAAUCUGGCCAACAUGUUCCUGUGGGUAGUUUUACCAUUUUAGUUUGUUUCCUUUUAAUCACAACAUGCUGCUUAUAUUGUGUGUAUGCCGCGAAGAGUUAAAUGUGAUGGCUUGUAUAAGACCAGUUAUUAUAAAAACCCUCAAUGGACCCACCAUGGAUUGACAAUAUCACAUUGUUUUUAAAUUGUUUUGUAAUGGUCUGCACCCUGUAAGGAUUACUGAAAAGGAAGCUCGGCGUAGUUUCCCUUUUUGACAUUCCUCUAUCUGCAGACUAGCCAGCAGAGGAAGAGCCCGCAGUCCUCUCCUCUCUGAAACGAUCCGUUUGAAGUAAGGAAAUGCACAUAAUCUAUAGACGCACAGAUCACGUCACGCUGCCUCUCAGUGACAGAGAGCCGAGACAUUCAAGUGUUGAACUACUGAGACAGAGAUACUAGUUGACAACAUGUCAUAUUCUUGAGUUCCUCUCUGAUCCCAAGUCUUCAAAUAUUUUAUACAAUUAUAUUAGGAGAGUGAUCCUAAUGGGCCAAGUGCAUAAGCAUAUCCAAGAAUUCAAUUUAAGAAGAUAAUAUAUAAACACAAAGCUAAUAUUUUUUACCAGACUGAAAUAGAUCCUUUUUAUUUUCAGUGAAAUCUGGAAAAAAACAUUUCAGUCACUUUUAGUUUGCACAGUUUUGAUCCAUAGGUAGCACAAAACGUGUGGAACUCGUACAGACAUUUUAGCACAAGCUGUUGAAGGAGGCCAGUGGGGGUGAGUUGUGUAGGUCCAAAAGAGACUAAAAUGAGCCUUAUUGUUGUUGUCAAAUAUUUAACCAAUAUUAUUUUUAUUAUUUUUGUUAAUAUUAUGCUUGAAUUUUUUAUUCAUUUAUUUAUUUAUAUUGCGUUUUGGACUACUUAUAUGAAUAUAACCUAAUGAAAUGUUGUGUAGUUGACAAGCAAAUGUUACUGUACGAGGUUAAAAUGUACAGCGUUGUAAUCUGUAGCCCUCUGGAGUUUUUGAUAUUAUUGAUAUUAUCAUUAUUAUUAUUCUCAUCGUGCUCUAAACUUUGACCACUGAAUUCUAAACCUUGGGUGUCUGAUGAUGGUAAAGAGCACAGGAGGCAGAAAGACACUGUCACAAUCGCCGAUGGCAGCCUCGUCCGUCUAGAAGCACAUACACUGUCCAAAAGCCCAGAAUUAAUUCUCUUUUAAUCAUUCAAUUGUUCAUUCAAUUAGCUGUUAAUUAUUCACUUGGGUGACUGCAUUUUUGGCAGUGAAUGCACAAAGGACAUAGCAUAAUAAAUGUUAUUAUUCUGCUGUGUCAUCUUUCCUGCGAGCACAGUGAGUUCUCUGUCAUUCUUACCCGGAGAGGAGAGAAGGUGAUUUUUUUUAUUAAUUAAAAUUGAGCAGCAUGCCCAAGGAUAACACAACUCACGUCAAAAAAAAGAAAGAAAGAAAGAAAAAAAAAGCAAAGCAAGGCUGGUGUGCACACAAUCCAUAAUGGCCAUAAUGCCAAUACAGGAGGGAUUCUCACAGGAGUUUGGAAACAAAUGGCACAAAACACCCCCCAAAAUGAGUCUUUAAUGUGGCCUACUGAAAAAAACACACAUUUCUAAGCGCACACUUCAACAGAGGACAAGGACAAACCCCAGCAGAGGUCAGUGAGGCUGCCCAAAUGGUACUGAACAGUACUGUAUGAGGGUCAAGUGCUACUAAGUGUUUCAACUUUCAACCUGUUACUUCAGACUCUGUUGAUUGAUUUAGAACCAUGUAUGUAGAUAUGUUGACUUUGUAUUAAAACAGGAUAACUGAAUAUAA